UCCUCCUCAACCACCUCCAUUCUACGACUGCACCGAACAUGGACGGCAUCGAUGGUACUGAUGGCGGAGGAGCCAACGGCGGUGUGGCGGAGGCCCCCACCUUCGAUCUAGAGGCCCCAGCUCUGGUGGCCGCUGCUGGGCCACUGCCGAAGAUGCUGGCCUUCGAAGGGUUUACCGUGACAUCGUUGGCGAUCGGCGCCUUGGUGAGGCCACCAAAGAAGCUCUCAGCUCAUAAGCUCCUACCUGCGGCCUACUACCUUGAUGACUUCGUCCUCUUCCUAUUUGGGGUCGGUCUGAUGGUUCUGAGCGUGGCCGUCGCCGGGAAUCUUGUUCACGGGAACAUCGCGAAAGCUGUGAUGUGGGGGACCCUUGCGCCUCUUCUGCUACUUCUGGCUCUAGAUCCAACUUGUUUUACAGAAGUAGCGAAGAAGAAAGAAUGGUGCCAUGCCAUGAAACAAGAGAUUGCAGCAAUAGAGAAAAAUGAAUCAUGAAAAUUCGUGGACUUAUCCCAAGAAAAAAAUGUCACUGGUUUGAAGUAGAUAUUUAAGACAAAGUAUCAUACUAAUGGAAGCAUACAAAAAUAUAGAGCAUGAUGAGUAGUGAA